AUGGCCGACCCACCACUGCACGCAUCUACCUCGUCGACGUUACCACCACCACCACCACCGCCACCGCCUGCGUCGGGCUCUGGCGUGUCACCCGACGAUGCUCCCUCACCCACACCGCCAGGGCCCGCCGGCGCGCCGCCGACCUACGCGCCGACCCAGCCGCAGAUCCUCGUCGUGCCCCUCCCAGACGCUCCGAGUUUCUUCUGGGGCCGCACUCUGCAAGGCGAGGUGUAUGUCAAGGGGCUGGGAGAAGCCCGUACGCGUUCAGUAGAGAGCUUGACCGUCGCCGCGCGCCUGAUUGAUCGUCUACCAGGCCGUCCCGACGCCGACGUGUUCGCGCCUCCCCUCCCUCCGCAAACACUAUACCCCCCACCCGUGUCGCCACCCGUUGAAGGCUCAUCAUCAACCACGGACCGCCCGUUCCCGACUUCGCACAGGUUCGCCGUGCCGCUCCCACCCGCGCUGCCAGACGGCGGUCCGCUCCCGGCCAGCCUGGAUCUGGGAAGUGCAGGUGAAGUGGUAUGGGCAGUGGAGGUCCGCCUGCGUCUGCUCUCUGGCGAGGUGGUGACGGAGAUUGUCCGCAUCGAGGGUGCACCGCCUGACCUGGCGCUCGGAGCCGGAGAAGAGGCCGUGCCCGCCGAAGCGUCACUGGAACGCGACGGAGUGUGCACCCGACUCUUGCUGGCAUGUAAGCGGCCGCGGGUGGGUGACGCGCUGCACAUUGGUGUCGAGCCCGACCCCGCCGAGACGCUGCGUCCGCUCCGUCGCAUGCGCGUCGAGCUCAUCCGCCUGGUCGACACACCCUUGCCACCCGGUCCAAGCGCUGCGGCAGCGCACACCCAUACCCACACCACGGUCAUGCACGCCAGUGGCAAGAGCCUGCGAUAUCCCGGACGCGGCCAGCCACCGUUGCGGCUCUUGUUCACGCUGCCCACUGCCCUGCUGCACCCGGGGCUGCGCGCCAGUGGGGGCGAGAUUUCUGCACGGACACAGUACCACAACGUCCACUUUGUGGUCCGCGCCACGCUCGGUUUCGGGUUAUCGACCGAGUCUGGCGUCGGCCCCAUCCCCGGCGGCAGUUCUUCCCCCGAGGGCGACUGGAGCGUCGAGCAAGGCAUCACGAUUCGCCCAAACGUCUGGCACGAGCCCAGGACGGUCGUUAUUGAGCGCGGACUGGUGCCAGCUCUCGGUACCGCGGAACCCGAUGGCCUCGAUGACGAGGACGCACGUGAGGCAUACCGCCGUAAGGGGCGUGACGUUGUCGGUGCGGCCGGCACGACGCGCGCCGCUGAAGGCGGCGGGCCUGACGAGCCGCCUCCCUUUGACGACGCGCCCGGACCUAGCGGUACGACCUCGGCGUCGGCGGCUGGAGCCGGUGGUAGCGGCGACUCGGCACUGCCGAGCUUUAACGAGAGCGAGGCGCAGAUGCGCUCUGGCGCCGCGCCACUGCUCAACCACGUUGUGCCCAGCGAAAACCUCGUCCCCGUCUCGUUUGACGCGCCAGAGGACCCCGUGCCCGAUCUCCCUGUCCGUCGUGGGUCUCUGACCGGCGAGCUUUCGACUUGGGUCGAGUAUGACGGCUACGAAACAUUCUCCAUUGCGCCUCCGCCUGCUGCUGCCUCGUUUGGCGUCGGUGGAUCCAUGGACCUCCCUCCCGAGGGCGAGGAGGGUGUGGUGAACAUGGGCGACAUGGUCGCGCGUCUCGGCUUCGCCCCAAGCGACACCCUCCCGGACCCCGCCGAGCUCAUGGAGCAGCUGGGUCUGGGACAGGGCACGCGUAUUGUCGACUUGCAAGACGACCUUCCCCCCGGCAUCGACGAGCCGUCCCUCCCUGCUCUCCCAGGAUUCGGCACGCACGCUGCCACCAGCCACGCCGCACACGCCUUCGAGUCCCCGCCACCAAACGUCUUCUCCCCCUCCUUCGGCGACCCGAUCGCCAUGGGUGUUGCGCCCAUGGAACAGCCCGCCGAGGACGAGCACGACCACCCCCCGUCCUUUGACGCCAGCGAGGCCGCCGAAGCUGUCGGUGGCGUGGCCCGUUCGCGCGUGGGAUCCAUCAUGGGCGCCCUCCCCGGUAUACCUGCUGGCAUGAUCCCGGGCCAGCACCAGCACCAGCAGGUCCAGUAUCAGCACCAGCACCAGCACACACAUACCCACACCCUCCCCCGCGCCGAGACCCGGCAGCACGAGGCCCCGCCGGGUUACUUUGGCGCCACAGGCGGUCCGCCAGCGUACAGCUGA